AUGGGUACCUCAAUCAAAGCAAACGUGCUUGCCUUGUUCUUGUUUUAUCUUCUAUCACCUACUGUAUUUUCCGUCUCCGAUGACGGAUUGAUUCGAAUUGGACUUAAAAAGAGGAAGGUGGACCGAAUUGACCAACUUCGUGGACGUCGUGCGUAUAUGGAAGGAAAUGCUCGAAAAGAUUUCGGCUUCCGUGGUACGGUUAGGGACUCGGGCAGUGCCGUUGUUGCACUAACGAACGAUAGGGAUACUUCGUAUUWUGGUGAGAUUGGUAUCGGAACUCCACCUCAGAAGUUCACAGUGAUUUUCGAUACCGGAAGUUCUGUUCUAUGGGUGCCUUCUUCAAAGUGCUACAAUUCAAAAGCUUGUCGUGUGCACUCAAAGUAUGAGUCGAGCGAUUCAAGUACCUACAAGAAAAAUGGGACAUUUGGUGCUAUUCAAUAUGGAACCGGAUCAAUCACGGGUUUUUUUAGCCAAGACUCUGUCACGAUCGGUGAUCUUGUUGUUAAAGAGCAGGAUUUUAUAGAGGCAACCGAUGAGGCCGACAAUGUUUUCUUGCAUAGGUUGUUUGACGGUAUACUCGGCCUUUCAUUUCAAACGAUCUCCGUUCCUGUCUGGUACAACAUGCUUAAUCAAGGUCUUGUUAAAGAACGGAGGUUUUCCUUUUGGUUGAAUCGCAAUGUUGAUGAGGAAGAAGGUGGCGAACUYGUGUUUGGUGGGCUUGACCCUAAUCAUUUUAGGGGUGACCACACUUAUGUCCCUGUGACUUAUCAGUACUAUUGGCAGUUUGGAAUCGGUGACGUUCUUAUUGGAGAUAAAAGUACCGGAUUUUGCGCCCCUGGUUGUCAAGCAUUUGCCGACUCUGGAACCUCUUUGUUGUCAGGUCCAACGGCUAUUGUUACUCAAAUCAAUCAUGCAAUUGGCGCUAACGGGGUCAUGAACCAGCAAUGCAAGACAGUGGUUAGUCGUUAUGGAAGAGAUAUAAUUGAGAUGCUCCGAUCUAAGUACAUCUUGAAAGUCGGUAAGGGAGAAGCAACACAAUGCAUCAGUGGAUUCACUGCGAUGGAUGCAACUCUUCUUGGACCUCUGUGGAUCCUCGGAGAUGUUUUCAUGCGUCCAUAUCACACGGUGUUUGAUUAUGGCAAUUUACUAGUUGGAUUUGCAGAAGCAGCUUGA